UUUCCAUCAUUUAUCUCUCGAGCGCUUAAUUCUCUCUUAUUGGGAGAUCCGCUUCAGUUUUUGAAUCUGGCCUUUACGGCGUCAUCCGCGGUCAGCGUGCGCGUCAUCCCGACGACGCAUGCGCCCCUCCCCUCCCCCUCCCCGCCCUUGCAUCCCGACUUGUGGAUCUAUUCAUAUGUGGCCAGUAUUAAUCAAUCACCUGUUUCAUCGUGAACGUGCUUCUUUCUUCUUACGAACUAUCUGGUCGUCGACUGGUGCACGCGUCACCCGAACAUUCUGGAUUCGCUGCGAAAAAGCGAGAACGGAAGAAAACAUUGUUGAUGCAGAUUGUAAUGGCAAAGAUAACAACGACGUUGUCUCUUCUUGCGGUGUGCCUUGUUACAUCUGCUCUGAAUAAUGAGGAGCUGUUGGAGCUGGAAUGUCCCGUGGAUUGCCACUGUCACUACUUUCGCAUCAACUGGGUGACGGACUGUUCGGAUAGCAAUCUAACAGCCAUCCCGUACAACGAGCUCAGCCACGAUGUCUAUAUUUUAGACAUUAAUGAUAACAAUAUCGCAAGCAUCAGUCCGUUUCCAAGCUCGAUCAAAUUGAGGCGUCUUCAGAUGGCACACAACCAAUUAACCGAGCUGACGUACGAAUCAUUUGCCGGGUUAUCAUAUCUCGUGGACGCAGAUUUCUCAUACAACGCCAUUACACGGGUAGAUCCCGAGGCAUUUCGGGGCAACGAGGGCCUAAUUACAUUGGAGCUCCAACACAAUCCCUUGGACGAGGUCGAGGGACCCUUCCUAAAUUGCCGCACGCUGUUGUACCUCGAUCUGAAUUCAUGCGGUAUUCGCCAUCUCAACACGCGCUUCUUCCACAACACGACAAAUUUGAAUAAGCUCGACCUAUCGCACAAUCCUCUGCAGAGGAUAGAGCCGGGUCCUUUCGAUCAUCUGACGAACUUGGAAUAUCUCAAACUGAAUGGAUGCAAUUUAACAUAUGUAUCACCCGAAGCGUUUUCCCACUUGGAAAAUUUGCGAGAAUUAGAGAUAGGAGAUAAUGAAUUGAAAACGCUGGAUUGGAGAAGCAUUCUCGCGCCGUUAGUGCGUUUGGAACAUCUAGAUAUCCGUAACACCGGUAUUACAAAUCUACCUGGCGAUGCCUUCGCCAAAAACUUGUAUCUCCGACAAUUGGUCCUUGCGAACAACGAAUUGUGGCAUCUUGAUGUCGAAGAUACGCUCGGCCACAAUUUGCACAGCCUGCAAUCUCUGGACUUGUCAAAUUGCAAUUUGCAGGAUCGUCUAUCCGAGGAAGCUUUCAGAAAUGCGAGCAAACUACGCGUACUCAAUCUGAGCGGUAACCCGAUGUUCGCCAGUGAUUUAACUGUCGUUCUGCGUCAUCUGCCAAAACUUCAUAAGCUCUCCCUCAGCAAUUGUAGCCUUCGAAGGUUACCAAAUACCUUCGACGUGUUUGAACAUCUUGAGGAACUCGAUAUCUCUCAUAAUCCACUAUCCGACGCAUUCGUCGGUCUUCUCAACCCAUUAAGCGCUUUGGAAUAUUUAGAUAUGUCUUACUGUGACCUCGGUUAUGUCGGAAAUAAUACUUUCGCACAAAUGACCUUCCUGAAACAAUUGAUUCUUUCGGGGAAUGAACUUCAUACUCUGGAGGAAGGAUUGUUCGCAAAUCUGACACGUUUGGAAAGCUUAGAACUCAACAAUUGUGACCUCAAGAUACCCGUUGAUCCAAAGGUCUUUGGUGACCGCCAAACGACGAAUAUAAUAGAACUCAAGCUCAGUGGCAAUCCGUUGAUCGUACCCGAUGAAGGUUCGCUGCUACCCACGCAGCUAUCGAAUUUGGAGAUGCUGGACCUCAGCAACUGUGGUAUCUCGCAUUUAAACGAAGACAUAUUCGCUACGACAAAUAAUCUUACUCAAUUAAAUCUUUCGGGCAACACGAUUUCUGGCGUAGAAAAUCUGAGCUCUUUAAAGAAAUUGCGCGCAUUGGAACAUAUAGAUCUCAGUAAUAAUAAACUGCGCACAAUCAAUCCAAAAGUAUUCGAAUCAAAUCCACGCUUACUAUCGAUCAAUCUUAUGGGGAACCCAUUUAUCUGCAAUUGUUCUAUCACGGAGACGUGGGAUUGGGCUGUACAGGAAAAGGGUGAUCUUCAUGUGCUCGUUGGCAGUCAGCCGGCCAAUUUUGAAACCGGAUCCGUAAAACGAAGGAAAACUCUCUCCUGUGUCUAUGACGAAGAAACAUAUCGAAGCAUAAUAGACGGCAAUCAGGUAACCAUGACUCGGAAACAUUAUCCUAGCCAGUUUACACCUUCUCGUACCUGGGCUAAAUACGUUCGCGAGUCCAAUUGUAAUCGACGUUUAUGAUAUACGGCAAGCAAGUAUCAACAUCCGAUGUUGAAAGUUUAUUAUCAUAAGGUACGUAAACACACAUAUAGGCAGGAACUUUAAAUAAGUUCUAUACCAUAAAAUACUAUUGUAUUGUCAUAUCAUACAAGCCAUAAACUAAUGUAACGAUAUUGUGAAAUUUAUAUUUCCGUGGCAUUAUUUUUGUAGUCAUAGGAUUAAG